AUGAUUAUCGGACACGUCCUUCGUCGCCCCGCCCUCACGCUUGCUUGCCGUGCCCGGGCCAGUGACUUCUCGCAUGUCUAUGAUGGCCUCAAGAAGCACGAGGUCGGGGACCUGCUCUCUCAGGAGCAUCAGGAUAUCCAGCGGGAGGCCCUCAACUUUGCCAUGAAAAAGCUGGCGCCUUUCGCGGCCGAAUGGGAUGAGAAGCAUCACUUUCCGGUCGACACCAUCAAAGAGGCUGCCUCAUUGGGCUAUGGCUCGAUUUAUGCUCAAGCAGGCUGCGGGCUCGACCGCCUGUCAGCUUCGCUCAUCUUCGAGGCCCUGGCGACAGGCUGCGUAUCCACCUCCGCCUAUCUGUCGAUCCACAACAUGUGCCUUUGGAUGCUCGAGACCUACGGCAGCGAAGACCAGAAGAGCAGAUACAUCGAAAAGCUGGUUUCGAUGGACACUUUCGCAAGCUACUGCUUGACCGAGCCGAACUCGGGCUCGGACGCCAAGGCCAUGAGCACGACCGCCCGCAAGGACGGCUCCGACUACGUGAUCAACGGCUCCAAGAUGUUCAUUUCGGGCGGGCCCAGCUCGAGCAUCUACAUCGUGAUGGCCAAGACCUCAGAGAAGGACGUGUCAGCCUUCGUGGUCGAGAAGGGGGCUGGCAUCGUCCUCGGCAAGAACGAGCGCAAAAUGGGCUGGAACUCGCAGCCGACUAGCCUCGUCACCUUCGAGGAUUGCAGAGUCCCGAAGGAAAACCUGAUCGGUGGGGAGGGGCAGGGCUUCAAGAUGGCGAUGUCUGCGCUGGACGGGGGCCGGAUCAACAUCGCCUCCUGCAGCCUGGGCGGGGCGGUCUUCUGCCUCGAGCUGGCCCGGCAAUACAGCCUCGGCCGCAAGCAGUUCGGGCAGAGGCUGGCUGACUUCCAGGCCAUCCAGUUCAAACUCGCAGAGAUGGCCAGUGACCUGGCGCUAUCGCGGGCGAUGGUCCGCAACGGGGCGGUUCUCGUCCAGCAGAAGAGCAAAGACGCGACUGUCUACGCGGCCAUGGCCAAGCAGGUAGCCACGGAGCGGUGCUUCGGAGUGGUGAGCGAGGCGAUGCAGAUCCACGGGGGGUACGGCUACCUAUGCGAGUACACAGUGUAACGAUUCCUGCGGGACCUGCGGGUGCACAUGAUCCUGGAGGGCACCAGCGAAAUCAUGCGGCUCAUCGUCAGCCGCAAGCUGCUGGCCGGCAAAUGA